AUGGAAAUUUUACUGGAUACUUCAACUCAAGUCGACGGAACUAGUAGAAUAAACAACCUUUCAAUUAAGAGGCGCAUAUACUAUAACAAAGACAUUGAAGUUGCUUCAUUUGUAGACAUUGACCCAGAUUCUAUAAAAGAACUUGGAAAAGACUCUCAUUAUGACACUAAAAAGUACGAGAUUUGUACAAUAGAAGAAGAUCUCUUCAAUAUAGAACCGUUUAUACGGAAAAAUCGUCAGGAAAUUAAAGAUGGCGCAUCAGCCAAUGCCUCCGUUGAAAUAAAAGUAAAGUGUGGAUUGCUUAAUUUUAGGGGUAUUCCAAGCCUAUUUAAAAUGAAACAGAAGAUAAAAGCACGUAUCAAAUAUUUGCAUACUCUUGAACCCCUGCCUUUAUCAUACAGUAGCAUAGAACACAGAUCAGAGUAUGACCCUUGUAACUUUUUUAAAAUUGUUAUAGAAUCUGUAAGGAAUGAAAUUUUAAACCUAUCAUCUGAACCUCAAAAUAAUAUUAGACUGUUUAUAAAUUCUUUCGAAGUUGAUCCUAGCAUAUUAAAGAAGGAAGGAAGAAUUUUUGAUGCAAUCACUCAAUCUAUUGUUGAUUCUAGGACUUUAUAUAUCCAGAUACUAAAACUUCAAGCACUUGCAGCAGGUCAACAAUUUGUGGGUUCAGCAAUUUAUUCCGCUAUCCAAUCGACUAGAUAUCUAAUAGAUACCAAGCCUACAGUGAAGCAUGGAGAACUUUGCACGAGUCAUAGUGUUAUCGAAGAGAAUUUGAUGACAGUUAGUAAGUGCCUGCAUAAACUUGUGGCUAAUUCACCUUCAAAAAACGCAUAUAAAGUUCAACAUAUUUUUCAAUUAUGCGGGAAAAUGUUACUAUUUAAACUAAUUCGCAUGUUUUGUGCAUUAUUACUUCACUCGAAAAAAUACAAAUUUAGCAGUAAAAACUCCUCCCUAUCGCUGCAUAGAUCAAAGCUUUGCCUCUUUAAUAGCAUAGCUAUGCAAUCAACUAAUAGUGUAAAAUAUUUGAAAAGGAGUAAUGGUAUUUUCAAUGGCCCUGUGGGAUUGGACCAAUUUGAAAGUGCUGAAAUAUUUUCAAGAAAAUUAUUCUCUGUCCUGCAUCAUUAUAAACAUUACAGAAAUGUAACAAUAAACCAAAUAUUAGAAGAAGUCAAAAUAACAUACACCGUCACACUUGCAUGGAUAAAUCUUUACCUUACUGGAAGAGUUGCCAUGGACCUUUCUGUAAUUAUGAACAUCCUAUACAAUUCUAACGACAGAAAUAUAAUGCAUAGGAUUUCCCUCGUCGAUGUUAAUAUAAAAUCAAUGAGCAAGAUAUACAGGUAA